CACAGACACAGGAACUAACAAAACUGAUGCUUAACAAAAGGUUCACCUCCCGCGCUAACAGGAGGAUUUCUUUAACCAAAAAUAUUGAUUCUGAUUAGAGUUAAUUUACAAUUCAGGAAAAAACUUCCUUCAAGAUGCAGAGUGGCUAUACCAUCCUAUGUCUUUCAUUGCUUCUGUCAGCACAACUAUUUGCUUCAGAGGGAGUAGCACUCAUGAGCCCAGCAAAGCGAGGGUGGACUCUGAACAGCGCUGGAUAUCUCCUGGGGCCUUAUGCCCAUCGGACCCUGGCUGUGCGGCACCGCUCGCUGCUGGGCAAGAGGAAUCUGUGGGAGGAGGAGCCUCCCACACGGCCCUCCCACCAGCCCCCAUACGGCACUGACUCUGAAGACCUUCAAACCCUUCUGGACCUCAUCAUGUACCUGCGACUAAAAGAGACUGGGACUGUGAGCGAUUUGAGCAGUGCUAUGAUUCAGGAGGACAUGAGAGCCUAACACCCCUGUUUGUCCACCUGACUCAUUCUGACAUUGUCAGGCAGAGGAUCGACAAGAAGUAAGAUGAUCAUACCACGGCAGUUAGAACACCUGACCUUACUGUUCUCAAGGAUGAACAUGGUGAGACUUUAAGACCCAGCGGCUGUGUGU